AUGGACGAUACGGAUGAAAUAGAUUUUCUUAAUUAUGUUUCUUCCGGACAAUGUGAGAGACCUCGUGAGCCCGUUCUGAUAAAAGGUUGUGGAGAUGUAACAAUCUUUGGUAUGAACAAUAAAUUCAAGGAAGAAUUCCCUAAUGAAUUACAUGGUAAACUAGCUCCUGAAGAAUUUGAGGAAAGUAUACGUAAAAUUAAUGAGCGCUUGGAGAAUUCACUACCUAGUCAUGUUAGAUGGUUUCUUGUGGGUGAUGAUUUCAAUUUAAUAUUCUUCCAAAUACUAUAG